UCUGUCACGCCAGUAGUCCUCCGCCGUCUCAUGCGGGAGCUCAAUGAGCUCAGAACGAACCCACCAGAAGGUAUUCGUGCCGUCACGAAUGAGGACAACAUGCUCGAUGUCACAGGAAUCAUUCAGGGCCCUGAGGGCACACCAUACGCGGGCGGGUACUUCAGAGUCAAGUUCAAGUUCACAGAGGAGUUCCCAGCGGCCCCACCAAAGUGCUGGUUCGCAACCAAGAUUUUCCACCCAAACGUAUCAGACGCGGGCGAAAUCUGUGUCAACACGCUGAAGAAGGAUUGGAAGUCUUCAUACGGCAUCGCGCACAUCCUCGUGACCGUAAAAUGCCUGCUCAUCUACCCGAACCCUGAUUCGGCACUCGAUGAAGAGGCCGGCAAGCUUCUGCAGGAGAACUAUGAAAGCUACUGCGAGCGCGCGAAGCUUAUCACGAGCGUUCAUGCCACGCCAAAG